GUCCGGAGGCUUCAAAACGGCGAUCUGGACUAGACUGAAGGAAAGCCACUGCUCUGGUCGGCCCUUCCCUCGUCCUAGCUUACCCUGGAGGCCCGGAAGCGGAAGUGACAGACACGGAAGUGGCCUGCUGUUGCCGAGGGGACGGGCCAGGCAGAUGCCAACAUGGCAGCGGUUGGGUCUGGCUGUUCCACCGCGGCGGCGGGGCCAGGAGUGGUCUCCGCGGGGGCCUUGGAGCCUGGUACCAUGAGUGCGGCUCACCGGCGCCUCAAAUACAUAUCCCUAGCCGUGCUGGUGGUUCAGAAUGCCUCCCUCAUCCUCAGCAUCCGCUACACCCGCACGCUGCCUGGCGACCGCUUCUUUGCCACUACUGCUGUGGUUAUGGCCGAGGUGCUCAAAGGUCUCACCUGCCUGCUGCUACUCUUCGCACAGAAGAGGGGUAACGUGAAGCAUCUGGUCCUCUUCCUCCACGAGGCUGUCCUGGUGCAGUAUGUGGACACAUUCAAGCUUGCAGUGCCCUCUCUCAUCUACACCCUGCAGAAUAACCUCCAGUAUGUUGCCAUCUCCAACCUGCCAGCUGCUACUUUCCAGGUGAGUCCCAAGCCCAGCAUGCUCUCCCGGCUGCAGUGGGCCUCCCUGCUGCUCCUCUUCACGGGUGUCGCCAUUGUCCAGGCACAGCAAGCCGGUGGUGGGGGCCCACGGCCACUGGAUCAGAACCCUGGGGUGGGCCUAACAGCUGUCGUGGCCUCCUGUCUCUCCUCGGGCUUCGCAGGUGUCUACUUUGAGAAGAUCCUCAAAGGCAGCUCAGGCUCCGUGUGGCUGCGCAACCUGCAGCUGGGCCUCUUUGGCACAGUGCUGGGCCUGGUGGGGCUCUGGUGGGCCGAGGGCGCCGCUGUGGCCCACCGCGGCUUCUUCUUCGGGUACACACCUGCUGUCUGGGGCGUGGUGCUCAACCAGGCCUUUGGCGGGCUACUGGUGGCUGUUGUUGUCAAGUACGCUGACAACAUCCUCAAGGGCUUUGCCACCUCCCUGUCCAUCGUGCUGUCCACUGUUGCCUCCAUCCACCUCUUUGGCUUCCACGUGGACCCCUUGUUUGCCCUUGGUGCCGGGCUGGUCAUCGGCGCCGUCUACCUCUACAGCCUUCCCCGAAGUGCAGCCAAAGCCAUAGCUUCUACUUCCACCUCGGCCUCUGGGCCCUGCACUCACCAGCAGCCUCCUGGGCAGCCACCACCACCGCAGCUGUCUUCCCACCGUGGAGACCUCAGCACGGAGCCCUUUCUGCCAAAGUUGCUCAUCAAGGUGAAGGGUUCGUAGCUGCUGGGACUGAAGAUGCUGGCCUGGCCUCGUCCUCCCUUCUUGCCCUGGCUCAUCCAGGACCAAACUCUGAUCAGUAUUAGGGG